GUCCCAGUGUCGACUCCGCACGCGCAUGGGUUUCGGUGCUCACUCAGAAGCCACCAACACCACCACUACCACCUCGUCGUUGGUGAUGAGACGCUGCCUUCUUCAAGCCACACGCCGCCAGUGUUAGAUAUCAACAACAACCACAGCAAGCAGCAGCAACAAAGCGACGCCACGUUAAAUAGCUUAGCAUUGCUAACUAAUCGAUAGAGUUAAUGGUCAAUGAUCCGAGCUGCGUCGGUGAUGCGGCGGUCGCGUGUUAAUUUUUUAGUAAUGAUCAGGGCGGCAGGAAGGGAGGAAGCUAGAGUCGGAGCCGCGUAGACAGAGGACCGAGUGUGCGUCUGGGACAAUACCGAACAUCGCCAGUGCCUGACCGAGUGGCUUACUGAGUGACUCUCACUGGCGCUUCCUGACUAAGUGAGUGCUUCGUCUCUCCCCGAUUGAGUCGCCGAAGCGAGAGUGUUAGUGGCUUUUUCGAACGACUCGCCGACUUGCCGAGUGAUUCCACACUUUGCGAGUUAGCUUAUUGGAUUUCCGAGUGCGUUGUCUUACUUAUUGAGACUCAGCGUGCUUUGCUGGCUUACACGAAUGACUUGAUAGGUUGACCGAGUUACUGAUUAAUGUAUUCACUGGCGGAUUGAUCGUUUUAUUGACUGACGAGCUGGCAUUCUGUGACUGACAGUAACUGGCCGGUGGACUCUUUGACUGGCUGACUAAAUGGCAUGCAGACUGGCUUACUGACUAGCCGACUGACUGAUUGUUUCAGCUGUCCCUUUAUAAAGAGGACGGGAAUGAUCUGUAUGGCUGUUGUCGCUGAGAUUUGCCAGCCGUUGCGUUGCAGCGUUGAAUCGAGAUGUUUGUAUUGAACUAUGAACGGUGACUUUGGUGAUCAGGCGGACGACUUUGAACCCGAGUGACUUAACUCGCUAGCCGACUGACAGAUUCGACUGCCAGGACCGACACAUACGAGACACCUAUUCGCCAAAUGGCUGCGAAGUGAGGUUGAUAAAGCGACUGCGAACCGACUUUACUACAACAACAACAAGUGACUAAAGGUAAUUAAUUGUGUGGGUGGUUUGAGCAAUAGUGGAGUGACUGAACUCGGCAGAGACAUGGUGUGGGUCGCACGUGAAUAGGCAGGUGCCAGAAUAGUGACUCGUCAAGUGUCAAGACCACAUCUGGUGAAACAAAAAUAAAGAGAGCUUCAGAUUCCGCUUCCGCACGUUGGGAACUCGUGUGUGUGUGUAUAGGGGACUGGAGAGAAGUGACUUGGGGGGGUGGUGGGGGGAAGUGUUAACGUUUGGCCCUCUAACGUGUUUGUUCCGGACAACCAGCGACGUUUUAGCUGAGCUGUCUGCAACAUCGGCGAAGUGACUCGCGACUCGAGUGCCCCGGCCCGUCGGCGAGGCGCGCCUCGGUGUUCCGUGCGAGCGAACUCCUCCCGAGCCCACCGGGCAAGUUGGUGUGAACCAUCUUGCCGGCAAGCGCACGAGUGAAGUUCGUCAACCAUUCUUCGUCUCUCGCCCACCGGUGAACUCGACUCAUAAAGACCGCCGCAGAAGAAGAAGCCAACUGCUGCCCGUCAUGGAACAGCAGCUGCAGCAGGAGGUGGAGGCCGUCCCUGGAGACGAAGCCAUCCCCGGUUCCAUGGCCGGAGUCCCCGGCAGCCUUGACCUGAGCAGUGCCCAGGGGGUCACCCUCCUGCUGCUGUUCGCCGCCUCGGCCCUCACGGUGCUGGCGUGGCUCGCUCAGUACUUGGAGCAGGGAGGCGGCAGGCGCCGUCACCUGCCGCCUCCUCUCCUCCUUCGUCUCCUUCCCCGGGGACUGCUCGGGGGGGCCGCCGCGGGGCCUCGGUCUCGCCUGGGCGGCGUGGCCGACCCGGCGAGCCUCGUGGCCGGACUGGCGGCCGUGCCCAGCUGGGGUGCGGAGUUGGGGCGCGCAUGGCUGAGGGCUCUCAACGAGCAGCACGGACACAGGCACGGGAGCUCGCUGCAGAUCGCCUUUGAGGAAGACGGACCGACCCACGAUGCAUUGCGGCUGAGCAACGUGACCUACGGUGACGGCCAAUCGGACAGUAACAUGGCGCUGGUGUGCGACGUGGAGUCGGAGAGCGUGUCGUUCGGAGUGAGCGUCUCUCAGCACCCGCCGGCUCCCGUGGCUCUGCAGUCGUUGACGGCGCGCCUCGCUCCGCUCAGCGUCCAGCUGGUGCUGCAGGUGGAGGAGGUGAGUGCGGGACAGGUGCUGCUCACCUGGAAACACACGACGAAGCCCCAGGGCCUCAGCCUCACCCUCGUUCCCAGAGGGCAGCGGGAGGGAGCGGGUGGCAGUGUGGAUGUGCCCACAGUGACUCAGCUGGUGAAAGACGCCAUCCUGGGCGCCCAGCCGGCCGUGCUGCUCACGCUCAGCCCCUACCGUGCCGCACAAGGCGGUGGGGUCAAGCCGGACGGGCUGGUGACGUCGCCGCCAAAACCUCCCCGCCUCGUCGACAAGAAGCUGCUGCUGCGGAUACAGUCGGCGACGGGGGCGCCCGCAGGAGCUGGAGAGCUGUGCUGCCACGUGGAGAUGAACGAGCCCCCCCAGCAGCACCGUACCCGCCCGGUCCCUGGCGCCGCCGCCAGCCCCUCGUGGGAGCAGAGCUUCUGCUUUGACCUGAACACGCGCUCCAGGGAAAUCCGACUGCGGCUGCUGGACACCUCCAAGGGAAAGGAAGCCGUGUGCAUCGGCCGUGCGGCUGUGCCGCUGGACGUGGGCAGAGCGCUGCCCUCCGGACGCCACACCCUCACCCUGCUGCCCCCGACGGCAAGCCCGACCGACCGAACCCCGUCACCCCUGGCAGCGGCCGCCAACGUCACCCUAGAGCUGUGCUACCAGGAGGGCGGGGAGGCACGCUCCCCAGGGCCGCUGGCGGCGUCGGUUCGCCCGGCCGCCACCCCCAGCAAGAAGGUGGAGAUGGAGCGCACGGUGAUGGCGGACGGCACCGUUGUGACCACCGUGACGACGCUGCAGACGCGCGCGGGGCGCGGCACGCCCAGUGACUCGCCGGCUCGCUCGCCCGUCAAGGUCACGGUGACGGAGAAGAGCACCGUGCAGGAGGAGGUGCCGGCGGGGGAGUCGCAAGGCGGCGCCACCGCCGCUUCCGCUGCGUGCACAGACGUGGCGCUGCAGCACAACGGGCUGGACGCCGUGGCGGAGACGGCCAUCAGGCAGCUGACGGAGUCGGCGCUGCGGAACACCAAAGCGACUCCCACCAAGCGCAGCACGCUCAUUAUCUCCGGCGUGUCCAAGAUGCCGUUAAUCCAGGACGAGGCCGCCCUCUCGCAACUCUACUCCAUGAACAUGGAUGGCGACGACGCGGGGCCCUCUCCGCUUCCGCACCACUACCACCACCACCCCGCCGCCACCACCUCCUCCUUCUCCUCGUUGCCGUCGUCGGUACAGCAGCUGGCGCUGUGCGGCCCACAAUCCCCGUCGGCCGCCAACUCGACGGGAGAUUCGUUGCUGGACGCGGCAACGGCGGCAGCGGCGGCGACGAUCGGGGCGGCGUCCUCCUCUCCGGCGGCGGUGGCUGGGGGAGGGCAGCCGUCCAUGUCGGAUGCCGACUCGGAGCGCGGCUCCACUGUGGGCUUCGAGACCGGCAGCCUCAAGGAGCACAAGGCCGGAUUCCUGCACGGUGGACUCUUCCGUCGGCGGCACAGGAAGAAAAAGGACGCGGGUCUGAGCCAGUCCCACAACGACCUGCCCAGCAUGGGGCCGGGGCACACGCUGGUUGCGGGGCAGACGCAGACGCUGGGCCCGGGGCUGAGCCACGUGCUGGCCAAGCACCGCAAGACCUACACGCUCUCGCGGCUGCUGAGCAAGCGCUUCAAGGCGAAGCACAGGGAGAACGGCAAGACGGCGGCGCCGUAGAGCGGCACGGACACUGCGAGGCGACCGGUGCGGACCUCGAGGGCGGGGUUGGGGGGAGGGGGGUGUCCGCGCGACCGCGCCUCGCGCAAGGCCGACGUGACCAGAGAGG